GGCCCCGCCUCCCCUCGUCCCGCCCCGCGCGGAGCCGCCCGCUGCGGCGACCAGCUCCGGAGGCCGAGGGGCUGCCUGGCCGCGCCGCCCGCCGCCGCUCCGCCAUGUGGCUGCUGCCCGCCUGGGUGCUGCUCAGCGCCGUGGGCGCCGGUUCUGCCCAGUUGAUAUUUAGUGGGACAGAUGUUGUUGAAAGAACUGACUGUAAUAAAACUGUCAUUUUACCUUGCUAUGUGACUAAUCUGAAGGACAACAAUCCAAAUGUCACGUUUGUGACGUGGAAAAAACAAAGAAAAAUAAUUUUUUCUUUUGAUGGAAAAAACCAGGAGUUUUUCAGAGAUCCAGAGUUUCAAUCAGCUGACUUAGUAUCUCGGGCAGAUUUACCCAAAGGUAUUGCCUCUCUAAUGCUUAGUGGUGCAGAAGCAACUGUUGGAAAUUACAGCUGUGAAGUAACAGAAUCGAACAGAGAAGGAGAAACAAGAAUUGAACUUAGAAACCACUCAGUUGUCAGUUGCGGCGAGGAAAAUACCUCAACAUCAAAGGAGAUAUGUGGAUCAUGGUUUCUUCUAAUGGAAAGGGCUAUCAUCAUAGCAUUACUGUUCUUAGUUAUUACUUUGUGCGCGGCUCAGUCAAGUGUUAUCGUAUUAAAAUAUGAAACGGUACCUCAGAAGAAAACAGGCAUUAUUGUAGCAGUUAUCAUCUUCGUAGUUGCUGCUGUUGUAGGCACGGUUCUGUUUGUCCAAGAUGGCUAUACUGCACAGAAUCAAGCUGGCCUUGGCCUGAUUGUAGUCCCUGCUGUGAUUUUGGUACCGCUUCAAUAUGUUAUGUUUGGAAUUGUUUUCGAUAGUCUACCACAAGCAACAUUUGCUCUGAUAGGUUUGCACAUUCUUGGUUAUGUAAUUGCUGUGGUUGGUUUUGCACUGUGUGUCUCAGCCUGUCCUCCAUUACACGGGUCUGUUGUGAUUGCUGGCUUAGCUAUUAUGGCCAUUGCAAAUUUGCUUAGUCUGGCUUACGUGUUUAUUAUGGGUUCCAGAAUGAAAGAUCAUCCUCGUCCAGGGAAAGCUGUAGAAGAACCACUAAAUGAUGCAAAAGGAGUGAUGUUAGAAUGAUGAUCUGCAGAGCAAUGUGAUAUGUGAAAAGUACACCGUUGUUGAUACACCGUGGCCUUGAAGAUGCACUACUCAACAAGAAGAAAUUCAGGAAACUAGUUGUUUUGCAUGUGUGGCAAAAGUGCUUUUGAUAUAAAUGAGGUAAUUUUAUAGUCACAGCAGCUGUAGCAAGGAAUGUGUGGUUGCCCACAUGUGAUCUUUAUUUCUUUUAUUAUGGUAUAUGUGGGAUAUUUGAGGGUGAGCAUAUGAAAAGCACUGUUUGCCCACUACAGGGUCUCCCUGCAGUAAUCCUUAGUGGUAUUAUUUUCAAAAACUAUCAUUAGUCACUGCUUUGAUAAUGGGCCUGCUGGGCCCACAGAUUGCAAUACCAUUUAGACUAUUGUUUUCUUUAUUUGUGUGCAUGGGCAAGGUAUGGUCAUAUGUCUAUGAUACAAGCAGGAAGUCAAGACUGUACAAAUACAUCUUUUCUGACAUUCAGCAAAAUUUUUAUAAAAAAAAAAAUAAAUAAAAUGCUUAUACACAAAGUUGCAUAAGUACGAAGUUUACUCCCAGCUCUUCUUAAGUUAUUAACUGAGUUCUCCUAAUUCCACGAAACAGUAGUGUUCCUCUCUACGGGCAGUAGUCAUGUGUGCUCUGGUGGCCAAUAUUUUAGUCCAGUGAGAGAGUUCUCUGUGCCUCUUCUGUAUUCUUUGAUGAGAAACUGCUCAGCUGUUGGAGCCUAAUUCAGCACUGGAAUUAUGGAGCACAGCAGCUAGUAAUUUUCAUGCUGAAUGUGGUUCUUGUGUAUGUUCAUGUUGUGUGGUGUGUGGUACUGGAAGCAACUUCAGGCUUUCUUAACUCAGUGAAUUUGUAAAAGUCAUGGAUGCUUCAUAAAAAUAGGAGUUGUCCUAUUUAGUGUAUAUUUGACAGAGUUUUAAAAUCUUAUUUUGGAAACAAGGAGCUAUUUCAUUUCUGACCCAAGUUUGUGAUGCUGCCAUUACAUCACAAAUAGAUAAAAUAGAAAGUAAGUAGGAGGAGCUGAUGAGAAGCGAGGAGGCUCAGUUUCUGUAUAUAUGUAAGUGGUACAGUUAAAAAUCGUUUUUUCUAGGACUUGCACAUUCCAUGAGAUUUUACCACGUUUUAUAACUGUUUUGAGAGUUGUUCCAAUGCAGUUGGCUUCUCUUGGGCUUCAUGUAUACUUUGUAGAAAUCUUGACGCUGUCUCCUUUUCGUACUAAGGUAGUAUCUUUCAAAGGCACACAUGGUUUUCUCCUCCUAACAAUUUAAAACUUUGGAAAGCUGUUACCAAACAGUAAUGU